AUGACCGGCCUGAUGCUGGUGGGACACCCAGGUGGAGAUGUCAGGUUGACCAUUGGCCAAGCAGUGUGGGUGUUGCGGGCCUCAGCUGAGAUCGUGGACCUGGAGGCGCUUCAUAGCCCCCCUGGACGGCGUGGCAAGCCUGGAAGAAGAGGCGAUCCCGGUCCUCCCGGGCAAUCAGGACGAGAUGGCUACCCGGGGCCACUGGGUCUGGAUGGCAAGCCUGGACUUCCAGGCCCCAAGGGAGAAAAGGGUGCACCAGGAGACUUUGGCCCCCGGGGAGACCAAGGGCAAGAUGGAGCUGCUGGGCCUCCAGGGCCCCCUGGACCCCCUGGGGCCCGGGGCCCUCCUGGCGACACUGGGAAAGAUGGCCCCAGGGGAGCACCAGGCCCAGUGGGUCCCAAAGGAGCGGCUGGGCAAGACGGUGAGACGGGCCCAAAGGGACCCCCGGGGCCCCAGGGUGAGCCGGGCGUUCCUGGAAAGAAGGGGGAUGACGGGACACCAAGCCAACCAGGGCUCCCUGGACCCCCAGGGCCCAAGGGCGAGCCAGGGAGCAUGGGGCCUCGGGGAGAGAGCGGCGUGGACGGCGCCCCAGGGCCAAAGGGGGAGCCGGGCCAGCGAGGCACCGACGGAGCCGCAGGGCCACGGGGGCCCCCAGGCCUGAAGGGCGAGCAGGGAGACACGGUGGUGAUCGACUACGAUGGCAGGAUCUUGGAUGCCCUUAAGGGUCCUCCUGGGCCACAGGGGCCCCCGGGGCCGCCAGGGAUGGCCGGAGCCAAGGGCGAACUCGGAUUGCCCGGUGCCCCAGGAAUCGACGGAGAGAAGGGUCCCAAAGGACCAAAAGGAGAUCCAGGAGAGGCUGGGCCAACUGGACCCAAAGGGGAAGCAGGAGAGAUGGGCCUGUCGGGCCUCCCAGGUGCCGACGGCCCCAAGGGGGAGAAGGGAGAGCCGGCAUCUGAUAACCUACAGGAGAGCCUGGCCCAGAUCAUAGUGGAACCAGGACCCCCCGGCCUCCCUGGUCCCCCAGGCCCCAUGGGCCUUCAGGGAAUCCAGGGUCCCAAGGGCUUGGACGGAGCAAAGGGAGAGAAGGGCGCGUCAGGGGAGAGAGGAGCCAGCGGCCUGCCUGGGCCAGCUGGCCCACCAGGCCUUAUUGGGCUGCCAGGAACAAAAGGAGAGAAGGGCAGACCUGGAGAGCCAGGACUAGAUGGUUUCCCUGGACCCCGAGGAGAGAAAGGCGACCGGAGCGAGCGUGGAGAGAAGGGGGAGCGAGGCAUCCCUGGCCGGAAAGGAGUGAAGGGCCAGAAGGGUGAGCCAGGACCGCCAGGCCUGGACCAGCCCUGUCCUGUGGGGCCCGAUGGGCUGCCCGUUCCUGGCUGCUGGCAUAAGUGAUUCCCCAGCACCCAGCUCACAACCUGUACAGAUUCGUGUGGACGUUUUUAAUUUCUGUAAAAACAGAACAGUAAUAUAUUGAUCUUUUCUUCAUGGGAUGUACCACGUGUGGCCUUAUAACAUUUAAGAGUGUUCCCGGCCCAGUGCCGGAACGAUCCGCAUGUGAAGCUGGCAGGAAAGUGGACAGGCAGACAGAGGAACUGUGUACUUGAGGGGCACCCACAGGACUGGGCUUUCCCAGGAAGGAAGGAGACGAAGGUGCAAGUGCCUGGCUCAAGAGAGGCUGCAGAGAUGUCGGGUCGGGCCUUCAGCCACCUGAUUGGCAGAGAGACUCCGCUGCCCAGUACCCUGUGAGAGCUUGCCUUCUGACUCUGGAGCCCCUGGGGCCCACCCCACCCAAAAAGGCCCAGGGCUUGGAUGGCAAACACAGCUGCUCCUGGCCUCUCUGGCCUCUGGACUCAGCCACAGCCAGCUGCCCACCCCCUCGGGCCCCCUGGGCCCUAGGUUCACCAGGGCAGGACAAGACUCCCGCCCAGCACUUGCAGCUGGACGCUGGGAGCUACGGAAAGCACCCUGAAUGGGUCUCACUCCCAGCAAGCUCAGUAGGCCUCAGGAGGCCAGCCAGCCAUGAGAACAUGUGUCCUCCGGCCAGGAGCAGAGGCCAAGCACUGUGAUUGCCACCAUGCGGCCCC